ACGCUGAGAGCGGGUCACGUGCGCACUCCGUGUGGGGUGUUGUUGGUAACAGCAGCGCGUGGUUCAGAAGCGCUGCAGGAUGUUCUUCAGCAGACAGCUCCUGGACGACCCCUUCUUCGCCGACCCGUUCCAGCUGCAUCAGGAGCGCAUGCAGCAGAUGAUGGGCUUCUCUGACCCCUUCGGUCAGGGCUUCAUGCCCAGCAUCACAGACGGCCGUCACAGGGGUCACAGGUCCGUGGCUCAGCCCAGCACCGGCCCGAACGCCCGCAGCAGACGAGAGCUGGAUUUCUUUAGCAAUCCUUUCGCUAUGAUGGACAGCAUGAGGAACAGGAUGGAGGCGAUGCAUAGAAGUUUUGAGAACAUGGCGUCAGGCCCCAACAGCCACUCGUUUUCCUCUUCCUCUGUUAUGACGUACUCUAAAGUGGGAGACGAGCCGCCCAAAGUGUUCCAGGCCUCGUCUCAGACGCGCUGUGCUCCUGGAGGAAUCAAGGAGACCAGGAAGAGUCUGAAGGACUCUGAGAGCGGACUGCAGAAGAUGUCCAUCGGCCAUCACAUCCAGGACAGAGGCCACGUCAUGGAGAGGAAGGAGAACAAGAAGACCGGGGAGAAGGAGCUCAAGCAGGACUUCCAGAACAUGGACGAAACAGAGGCCCAGUCCUUCGACGAGGAGUGGCAGAGAGAGGUGUCCCGAUUCCAGGCUUCUGCGCCCAUGUCCCGCCUGGAAGCACCGAGACACCGAGCGGUCCACCGAGCGGCCAUCACAGCACCACCAGACACUCGCAGAAAGGACAGAGCAGCUGCAGGAAAUCAACCCCAGUAUAAUGACCUCCAGAUUAAAGGCUCGGGCAGGAAGAAGCAGUGACGCUCAUCACAAUAAAACUCUUGACAGGAAUCAGCUCCCUGAUGAUUUUAUUCUGUAGUUCUUGCGUCUGUUUCACACCACAAACACAGAUAACUUCUUUCUAGGUCACUGUGGGGAGUAUUUCUUUUAAUGUUUACUCUUGGUGUUAAACUGGUUAUCAGUAGUGGGUCACUGACAAACUGUUUAAUUGUGUCACCUGUAGUGUGCUGGUGUUUCUUCUUUUUCAUGUCAAAUCAUAUUGAUUUACACAUUGAUUUAUACAGCUGCAAAACAGAUGUUUGUACGGUCUUCUGUUAACACAGUGGCUGAAAAACUCAAAGCCUGCGGUCUGAAACAGGCCUUCUUUUAUUUUCCCUGUUACUAUGUUUCAAAAUCCUCAGUCUUUGUUUGUCAAGAUGUUUGAAUGAAAUAAAGAGGAAUGUUGUC